AUUUUGUUACCAUUCKAAGGGGACGUUCUGUGAUAACUGCAAAAGAAGAAGACCAAUUUCUAUAUUUGGGUGUUGCUUUAUUUGGUAUUUUUCCUUAGUAUAUUAAAUUAAAAUGUUUCAACCUGCUUCGGUUUCCCUCUCAGGAUCAGCACUGUCGUUUCUUUUGUUUGAAACCAGCAAAGCUACCGUCCGCCAGAUUGGUUUUUUUCUGGGAGAUAUUAUUCAUAAGGAAAUUACCUGUAUAACUGACAAUGAACAACAACAGGUUGAUAUCUCGAAGAUAAUUAAAAUCGAUUCAGUGAUUCCUUGUGCAACAAAUAGCUACUUUCGAAGAGGUAGAGUUGAUAAAGAAAAAGUACGAAAGCUGCUGGGCUCCAACUUCUCUAGAGUAGUUGCUUGGUACAAAUACGAACCGUCGUCGGCCCUAAAAUUUACAUGGAAAGAUAGAGCUCUUCAUAAACAGUUCAGAGAAAUGUUUCAUGUGCCUCAUGAUUUAUUCUCAAUUUGUUUUCUUCUCAUGGAAACUACGGACAUUUUUUCCAGUUAUAAUUACCAGCAACAUUUUAUCAGAUACUAUAACGGCAAGUUUGAUAAAUUGAGCAUGUACAUACCAAAUCUUAGUGAAUCCAAUAAUACAUAUCGCAAUUCUGAACCUCCAUCUGAAGUAUUUAAUAAGAUUCUCUCUUCUAUAAAAAUGGACAUUGAUCAUACCAAAGGAGUGGUUGCUGUUACAGAAAUAGAAAAUGCUGUACUAAAUUUUAUAAAUUCAACAACAUCGGAAUUAAUUCCUGCAGAAAAAUAUUUAUUUGAAAUUGAAAACGAAAUUUUUAAUCUAAAAAACGAUCUGAAUGAUGUCACUACGGAUCCUUUAGAAUCUAAGACGGAUGUUAGGAAGGAAGAAAACAACGAAAGUGAAGAAACGUUAGCGGUUACUAUUUGCAAGUCCGAAAGUUCACAUGAAGCAACUAGGCAUUCACCUAGAAGGAGAAAUAGGACAGGAAUAAGCUUAGAUAAGUCUCAGUCAGACGUUGACGCUAAUAAAAAUGAAAAUGUUGUAAAAUGCGACAUUCCAAGCCCGUUAGAAGCUACAAAAAAAUCUGUUAAUACAAAGGCGAAAGGAAAAGGUACCAAUAAGAAGAAAUGUUAAGUUUUUAUUCGAUUUCUGUAGAGAAAUAGUAUACUCAAACAUAAUAGUAUUUGGUCAUGAUUUAGACACGUGAAAUACAUUGGGACACAACAAAUUUAAUAUAAACACGAUUUUUAGAAUACACAUUCCUGAAUCAUGAACUCAAAUGGGGAGACCAAAUAACUAAUUUUGGUGUAACACACACGGUGCGACUCAUUUUUGUCUUUUGAAUAUUAAGCAUCCAUUACAAAGAGUUAGAGGAGGAUGUCAUUAAAGUACCUGGAAAACUCCGGACAUUAUGUUUGGGUUUGCUACCUUUAAAGUUAAACACAUGUUUAAACGAAUGAACUAUGAAAUGUUAUAUGUGUAUUUUCAAAUCUUAACUCUUUCGCAGCUUGUCAUUAUCUAUAAUUUAAGUUAUUGAUGGGAAUAGUCGGAAUAUUACUGAUACGUUAUAUUCAAUAAUCGACAUUAUAACUCGAAUUAUUUGUGUGGCAAACCAUUAGCAUCAAUUUAAUAAAAUAUUCAGACAAAUUUGCAUAAUAUUAAUAUCAUCAGAAUCGUUUAAAUUUGUAAGAACCAAUAAAAGGUGUACCCUGUGAGCACCAUUUUAGAAUUGAACUCCACGCAAAACUAAAGUCAAUUUAAUUCUACACAAAAAAUGCCAGUAACAUUUUUCUCCAAAUUUGCAAGUUUAUAAAAUACUAACUACUUUUCACUGUUUGUUAUCAAAAUUGAUUAUAUGUUGAAAAUGCCUCAAAACUUUGAACUGAAAAAUGAAAUAAAGUAAUACAUAAUUUUAAUUAAAUAUGUUUGGUGGGUGGCUGUGUCAAAAAUGUCGACCUAUUAACCGUAAAUGUUCUCUGAUUUAAUUUCUUUGAUUUGCCUAAUUAUAAGUAAGGCAAAGCCACUUUCCCGUCUUAAGUCUCUUACAGAUUUUUUUGGAAAAAGCUUCAAUAUACGCGAGAUCUUUAAUUUCGGUUUGUUCAUGUACAAUAUUAAUUUUUAUUAUCUGUUUCUUUUAAGUUAAAUUUAAGAAUAAGAAAUUGAGUGAGUAAAAAUUGCAAACUCGUAUCAGUUUUGUUGAUGAUUUAAACAAAACCCUGCAAAUUGCUUUGGUUGCUUUAGUUGAAUAAAAAAUGAACGUUUAUCCACGACUAUUCCCUAUUAAUCGCGAGGAAAUAAUUACUCCCUAGUGUGCAGGAAUCAAAAUGUAAUAAAGUUGUAAAUUGUUUUUAAUAUUUUAUCAUCUAACUGUUUUGUUGUAAAGUUAAUUAACAAUCACUGUGUGUUCGCGUCAUCUCCUUACUGAAAGAGAAAAAUGCCCUUCUAUUGUUGAUUUUAAAAUGUUCCUUUCAUCAAUAUACCUAGUAAUUAAGUAAAAGUUA